CUUGCGUCUGUGUGUCUGACAGAGUGAUAAUUAUUUCAAUCCGCUGCCGUGCUGUACUGCAGCUUUCUGCCCGACUGCGCGGCUCGCCGAGCGGACACUGCGCCAGCGUGCACCGGUGAUGAUGGAGCUACCAGCGCCGUGAAGCUGCAGCCGCUCGCACAAAGGUAGAGAUGAGACGGUAGGAGGCUUUUGCAAGGGCUAGCCCGCGGUGACUAACUCGCCCUAACGAUGUCGAAGAGCCUCAAGAAGAAAAAUCACUGGACCAACAAAGUCCACGAAGCGGUGAUAACCCGGGGGAAAGAAGGGGAGCUGGGGUUCGAGCUGAAGGGGGGCGCAGAGAACGGCCAGUUCCCCUACUUCGGCGAGGUGAAGCAGGGGAAGGGACUGAUCCAGAGCGGCAAACUGGCCCAGGAUGAACUGCUGCUGGAGGUCAACGACAUGCCAGUAGCCGGGCUCACCACCCGGGACGUGCUGGCCGUGAUUAAACACUGCAAAGACCCGGUCCGCUUCAAAUGUGUCAAGCAAGGAGGGGUGGUUGACAAGGAUUUGCGGCACUACCUCAACCUGCGCUUUUCCAAGGGCUCAGUGGACCACGACCACCAGCAAAUCAUCAGAGACAACCUCUACCUCCGCACUGUUCCCUGUACCACCAGGCAGCCUAAGGAGGGGGAGGUGCCAGGGGUGGACUACAACUUUGUGAGUGUGGAGCGUUUUAUGGAAUUGGAGCAAAGUGGAGCCCUGCUAGAGAGUGGAACCUAUGAAGAUAACUUUUACGGCACGCCAAAACCUCCAGCCGAGCCGUCCCCGGCAGCACCUCCUCUGAAUGUGAGUGAGGCCCUGCUGCCCGGAGCCCGGCCAAGCGCCCAGGGCAAGAGAAAGAGGAACCAAUCAGUCAGCAACAUGGAGCAGCGUGCUAGUCUGGAGCCGCCUGAGGAGGAGGAAGAGGAGAGCCCGGUUGUCAAUGGCAACGGGGUGGCCAUCACACCAGAGUCCAGUGAACAUGAGGACAAGAGCACAGAUGCCUCUGGGGAGGUUGCUGUUGAAGCAUCAAGCCAGGCCCCAGCAUCUGCUGAGCCUCCAACUGAAGGAGAGGAGGCCCCAAAAUCUCCCUCUAAAUCUCCUACCAAAGUUCUAGAUGCAGAUGAGGAAGAGCUGGGUCCUCUGCCUGACAACUGGGAGAUGGCUUACACUGAGAAAGGGGAAGUUUACUUCAUAGAUCACAACACCAAAACAACAUCAUGGCUCGAUCCUCGGCUCGCAAAGAAAGCGAAGCCGCCAGAGGAAUGCAGGGAAGACGAGCUGCCCUACGGCUGGGAGAAGAUAGAUGACCCCAUCUACGGCAGCUACUACGUGGAUCACAUCAAUAGAAGGACUCAGUUUGAGAAUCCGGUCCUGGAAGCUAAAAGGCGCCUGGAGCAGCAGAGGCAGAUGCAGAGCCAGGGACUCUCUGCUCUACCGCUGCCUACAAUAUACAGAGAGAAGCCAUUGUUUACAAGGGACCCAACCCAGCUGAAGGGCACCUUCCUAUCAACAGCCCUGCAGAAGAGCAACAUGGGAUUUGGCUUUACAAUAAUAGGAGGCGACGAGCCCGACGAGUUCCUGCAAGUGAAGAGUGUGAUACCAGAUGGACCUGCUGCUCAGGACGGAAAAAUGGACACAGGUGAUGUCAUUGUCUACAUUAAUGACAUCUGCGUGCUCGGCACUACCCACGCCGAUGUGGUCAAGCUUUUCCAGUCUGUACCGAUCGGUCAGAGUGUUACCCUCGUGCUCUGUCGAGGAUAUCCUCUGCCCUUCGACCCUGAGGACCCGAGUGCCGCAGCCAGCGCUUCCCUAACACCCAUCGGACUAGAGCACCGUUCAUUGGUGGUGAACGGCCGCAGCAGCUACGACCCGUACCUGGAGUACCUGUCGCUGAGCUCCCAGCUUCCUGCUCAGGCUCUAGCCCAGACUGGAGCUUCUCACCCCGGAGACACACAUCUGGAUGGCUCAUCCCUGCCGCCCACCACGCCCGGCUCAGCAUCGGCGCUCACACCUCACAAUGACAAUGUGUCAAUGGCCUCUUCGGGGACUGCAGGUGUUGCCGGGGCAACAGCACAGGGGGCAGAGCUGCUAACAGUUACCAUGGUAAAAGGGGCUGAAGGAUUUGGGUUCACCAUUGCCGACAGUCCUACCGGUCAGCGAGUUAAACAGGUGCUAGAACCGGGCUCACAAGGAGCAUCAGGACUGGUAGAAGGAGACCUGAUCCUGGAGGUUAACCAGCAGUCAGUGGCUGCAGCUGGACAUGGACGAGUGGUGGAGAUGCUCAAAGAGUGUCCCGUGGGGGCAGAAGCAACACUCCUCAUACAGAGAGGAGGAACAGGCCACAUCUCUCCAUGGAAAGCCUCCAAACAGUUGCCUGACCAAUGGGAUCCACAUGGCAGCCCUCAGGCAAAUCUGUCUGGUCCAGUAUUGCCACCCGGCACCCCCUUCCCAAACCAGCCACAACACCGCACUUCUGUGCCUGACUCCACCGAAGGCUUCGACCUUAACAAACCCGACCCUUAUGACCUUUAUGAGAAGUCAAGGGCCAUCUACGAGAGCAGACGCCCUGAAUACGAAGAGGUGGAGGUGCACCUGCUGAGGGAGAAGACUGGAUUUGGCUUUCGCAUCCUGGGGGGAGACGAAGCCGUGCAGGCUGUGAGUCCGGACGCCCGUGACAAGAUUGUCAUUGGCGCUAUAAUAGAGAACACUCCCGCUGAGCGCGACGGGCGGCUUCGACCCGGGGAUGAGCUCAUUUCUGUGGAUAAAAAUGUGGUUGCUGGGAAACCACACAAAUACGUAAUAGACUUGAUGCACGCAGCCGCUCGCAAUGGUCAAGUCAGCUUGACUGUGAGAAGGAGAGUGCAAAUGCCUGGUGAACCAUGCCCUGUAAACGGCCGCAGCCCCGGCUCAGUGUCGACACAGCACAGCUCUCCACGUAGCGAUGCAGCCUCGGCUUCCGGCCCUCCGGUGGUCGCUGCCCCGGUUGCUACUUCAACACCAGAGGGAUCUGCCCUGCAAACCAGUGAUGUGGUUAUUAACCGGAAGGAGAACGAGGGCUUUGGCUUUGUCAUCAUCAGCUCUCUGAACAGACCGGAAAAUGCCACCGUCAUCACUGUCCCCCAUAAAAUAGGACGCAUCAUCGAGGGCAGCCCAGCAGACAGAUGCGGGAAGCUGAAGGUGGGCGACCGGAUCCUGGCAGUGAACGGACAGUCCAUUAUCAGCAUGCCGCAUGCAGACAUUGUCAAGCUUAUUAAAGAUGCUGGACUGACAGUCACGCUGCACAUCAUACCAGAGGAGAGUUCCCAUUCUGGUCCAAGUUCAGAGAAGCAGAGUCCCAUGACCCAGAAGCACAGCCCGCAGACCCAGCCCAGUCCUGUAGCCCAGACGAGCCAAGGAGGCACACACUCUGGCCAAAUGGCUCUUCAGCCAGGCCAAACAGCCACUCAGCCAGGUCAAGCACCCAGCCAGACACUAGUCCAACCCGGCCAGACACCAGCUCAGACAAACCAAACGGUGACUGGCCCUCCUGCACCAGCAGCCUCCCAGCCUGCACCAGCUGGAACCCAGCAGAGCCCAGUCACACAGCCCUCUGGCCCCCAUCCACAGCUCUACCUCCACGAUGGCAGGUCAGAGGUAAAAGCAAGGCAGGAUGUCAAACCUGACUUCCGCCAUCCUCCAUUCACUGACUAUCGACAACCUCCAGUAGACUAUCGUCACCCACCGGUGACUGAUUAUCGCCAGCCACCAACACUGGACUACAGACAUCCGCCUGGUCUGCUGGACUUUAGACAGCACCCUGCAGCUGCCCAGUUCCCUCUGGGGAUCCCAGCUGACUUCAGACCACAGGUAGAGCUUGACCAAGAACUGUCUGCUUAUGUUGACCGUACAUCCUUCAUUUGUAUGCAGGACUAUGAUUACUUUACAGUGGAGCUUGAGAAAAGUGCUAAAGGUUUUGGCUUCAGUAUUCGUGGAGGCAGAGAGUACAAGAUGGACCUGUUUGUGUUGCGCCUUGCAGAGGAUGGUCCUGCUAUACGAAAUGGAAGGAUGAGGGUUGGAGAUCAGAUCAUAGAGAUUAAUGGAGACAGCACUAGGGACAUGACUCACGCCCGCGCCAUUGAACUCAUCAAAGCAGGAGGCAGGCGAGUCAGGCUGCUGUUAAAGAGAGGCACAGGACAGGUGCCAGAAUAUGACUGUGCCGGCCCCUGGGAUUCCCUUUCUACAACCCACUCUGCCCUGCAGGAAGUGACCCUGGAACCUCACCUGAAUCCAUUGCUCCCAUCCCAUCCAGUGUCAGCCCCAGACUCCCCUCAUCAACUCCCUCUAGAGGCCACAGUGUGUAUGGCAGACAAAGCUCCAAAGCUGACAGACCACAGCUCCAUUAGAGGGGCUGCAGGUGGCAGGUCCACCGAGCAGAAAUGCAUCAUCAGGGGUCAGGGAACCCCUCAGGGGUCGGGAGAGAUGGACUGUGGACCGGGUGACAGACAGCUUCGGGCUUUGCCUUCCAAAGCUGUUGUGGGAAGGUGCAUUGACAGAAGAGAUAGGCAAAGGGAGAUUUGCUCCCCCUGCUGUGAAAGAAAGGGCCUGCAUACACAGGCAUUAAGCACUAUCUGGCCCUGGGACCCAUAUGCAGGUAUGAAUUUAAAUGGAGCCUCUCAGGGCAGUGGAGAUGGACAUAUCAGCCUCCAGGAGAGGUUGGUGUCCAGAGGUCUGUUCUCCAGAGAAGAUGAGAGGGCCAGUGGCCAUAUUGGGCUCUGUUGCCCCUCCAAAACCGUAGAAGAUCCUCCAGCAAGGAGUGCAGCUGCCUCCCCGAGGCCCUGGAAUGUCCCCGGUUCUGACAAACUGCCUGGCACCCUGAGGUCCUGGACCUCCACAGUAAGCAGGUAGAAUGGACCUUAUUGGUUUGGGCUCCUCACGGCUCCUCAUUCAGUUCACCACUGGACCUCUCAGAAAAUCGGUAAAUCUCCCCUGCCGUCUCUCUCUGCCCUGUUUUCAUCUCCAUCUACUUCUGAGGUCAUGUUUUAUAUUUCAGUUGUUGUUACAAGAUGAUUAUUACACCCACCACCUUAAAGACAAAGAAACUUACACAGCUAUUGUAACAUAUGGUCUAAACCUGAUGGGGACCCUUGUACGUGACCGCUGAUGUUCUGAUCACAGAUGGAGCGAUGAUGCCUGACUCUGAGUGGAGCUGUGCUUUCGAUAUGUACCUUUAACUGCUUAAUCGUAUCUGGUUCAGACCGGUUAUUGCAGCGUGGCCUCACAUGGAAAAAGGAAGAGAAACAUAUGUUCAACCAGGAGAUUUCUUUCUUUUUUGGCUCUAUUUUCUCUGUGCAGUGGGAACAAUGAGACUACACGUGUCAGAUGGAGACAGUGACACUGAAACUCCUGGAACACAUGGCACUGACCCCAACAACAGCCUGGUUAACCUGACAUAUGUUAAAUCGCACAUGCCUACCAAUAUAUCAUACACUAUAAAUGUAAAGAUGUGAAAAAUAUGUACAUUUGGUAAACUCAGAAACAUACCUAUUGGUGUUUUUGAGGCAGUGUUGUAGUUAGACACAUUGUUUUAAAAAAAAAAAAAAAAAAAAAAAAAAGAAAGAAA